GACCUGCCUGUGCUACUUUUGCUGGUGGUGGAUCCUGACCUUUCUGCAGUGUUGUUUGCUUUGCACACAGUGUGAGUUUGCUGUUGUGCUGGGAAUGAUGUGUGAGGCGAGGCGAGAGGGGGGAGGAUGUGGUCUCUGAUGCACUGUAAGUGCUGCUACCACUGCUGUUUGAAUGUGGUGCGGAAAACGGGGGUUUCCACACAAACACACCAGCUCUGGGAGGUAGAUUCCCAAGCACACACUGCAGCCCACUUCAUCAUUUCAGAUGACCUCCUCUCCAUGAAACUUGGCACGAUUUAUAUGAUUGGUAAUGAUGGCCUCCAAUGAAGAACCCAGAGUUGGAACAUGCGUCUUUGCUCGCCAAGAUAGUUCCAGCACUUCACUCUCUUUAGGUUUUGACCCUUAUCAAGUUGGUUUAAAACUCCACUUUGUUGAACCAUUGGAAGAUAGGUACAAGUGUGUAACUUGUUCAUUCGUUCUUUGCAAUCCAUUCCAGACUGGGUGUGGGCACAGAUUCUGUGAAAAUUGCAUCAAGGAAUUCAUAGAUAUCAAAUCCAUUGCCAUUUGUCCUAUUGAUCAUGAGAGGAUUAUUCCAAGUGGGGUGUUUAAAGAUGCUUGUUGCAAGAGGGAAGUGUGGAAUUUGAUGUUGUACUGUAAAUAUGCACCAGACUGCAACGUAAAAGUGUCACUGGGACGCCUAGGGGAUCACCUUAAGAAGUGCCUGUUUGAAUCUGUGCCGUGUUCCAACGGUUGUGGCCUUGUAUUCCGACGAAAAGAUUUAACAGACCACGUAACAACAGCCUGCGAGUACCGAGAAGAAGUGUGUCGGUACUGCAAAGUAACUCUAUUAUUUAAACAUUUUAAGGAACAUGAAGAGGAUUCUUGUCCAAAAUAUCCCGUUCAAUGUCUGUAUAAUUGUGGGGAAAGUGUUUCGAGAAAUGAGGUUGCUGCACACCUACUUGAAUGCCCAGAAGCUGAAGUAGAAUGUAGCUACAAAAAGUACGGGUGCCAUAUCAGGGAAAAACGGAGGAAGAUGCAGGAGCAUGAAGAUUCCUCAAUAAAUUCCCAUCUGUUGCUGGUUAUUGCAAGCAGUAGUAAAUUAGAAGGACAGAUUAUGGAUCUUAAAAAUAAUUUAUUUGAACGGAAUCAAUUUGUCAGUCAGCUGGAAGACAAAAUCAAGAAACUUGAGAAGGACCUUGCACAAUUAAGUCAGCAUAUUUCCAAAACUGAUAACACUCUUACAAGCACACAGAAAAAUCUGGCAGGGCACAUGGACAAAAUCCUGACCACUGAGGAGAGGUUAAGACAGUUCUCCAGAAAAUUAGACCAAGCAGAAAUUAAUGAUGCCUCAGGCCUGAAGGAAAUUGUCAGUGUGUUGAAGAAAAAGGUGGAAAAUGUAGAAAAUAACAUUCAGUCACUAGGUGUGCUCGAAUCCCGUUUGAAGCAGCAUGAAUCGUUAUUACGUGCCCAUAAGGAUCUACUGGAAAAGACAAACGAAAGGUUUCGAGUGCUUGAGACCACCAGCUAUAGCGGCAAACUGAUUUGGAAGAUCUGUGAUUAUAGAAAGACAAAACAGGACGCAGUAGAGGGACGCGUGUAUUCUCUCUACAGCCUUCCCUUUUACACUAGCCGUUGUGGAUACAGACUGUGUGCCAGAGUGUACUUGAAUGGAGAUGGACUGGGCAAAGGAACUCACUUGUCUUUAUUUUCUGUAGUUAUGAAAGGUGAGUAUGACUCCUUGCUGCCAUGGCCAUUCAAACAGAAGGUUACACUGAUGCUGCUUGACCAAGGCCCGAAGAAAAAUCACAUCCUGGAAGUUUUUAAGGCAGAUGCGAAUAGCAGUAGUUUUAAAAGGCCUGAGGCUGAAAUGAACAUAGCGUCCGGAUGUCCACGUUUUGUCUCCCACGCUCUACUCGAAAGCGGGAAAACUGCAACAUAUAUAAAAGAUGACACAUUAUUCAUCAAGGUUAUUGUAGAUCUAACCGACCUUGAUGACCUUUGAAAUCAUUUCCAAAAAACACAUUCCUAUUGAUGUGGUCCAUGAAAUUCAUAUUUAUUAUAUAGUUCAAUGCUAAGGACGUUAAUAAAAACAAAGUAUAUUUUA